UCGUCAUGUCCCAAAGCGGCAGGCUUGAGCUCGGCUGAGCGACAACCAGACCGAAACAUCACAGCAAAAGAUGAAAAUGUAGAGACAAAUCAGAGGAUGCGCACAUGAUGACGAUGGAAGACGGACUGGUGUCUGAAGACGAUAUAUUGCUUCGCUCGGAGAAGGAGUUUCAUGAUGCUGCGAAGAGGAAUGACACGGAGAGAAUGCAGGAGCUCAUCAGAAGAGGGGUGGACAUCAAAGUCAAAAAUAAGAUGGACCGUAAGGCCCUUCACUGGGCAGCAGGAGCCGGCAGUGAGAAGGCAGUGCAUCUGCUGCUGGACCAUGACAUGGAGGUGGAUGAUAUGGACAGCUUCGGUAUGAACCCUCUGCUCUUAGCCGCAUGGUUUGGUCACCUCUCGGUCCUAAAGCUCCUUGUCUCAACUGGGGCAAAGCUCACCUGUGAAAACAAAAAUGGCUUGAAUCUCUUGCACUGUGCUGCCCAGAGGGGUCACAUCAGUAUUUUGGAGUAUAUCAUGGAAGAUCUGGAAAGCGUGCAGCUUAAUAAAGUCGACAAGUCAGGUAAGACCGCGUUUCAUUUGGCCGCAGGGCAUGGACACCUGAAGGUGGUGGAGUUUCUCAUUGGGAUGGGCUGUGCUCAUGACCUCAAGGACAAGGAGGAAAACACUGCACUGCAUUUGGCAGCUAAGCAAGGCCACAGUGACAUCCUACAGAAGAUCAUGGACACCGGGGAGAGCAUUGAUGAAAAAAACAUUGAUGGCAUGACUGCUUUACAUCUGGCAGCUGAAGGAGGGCAUUAUGAAUGUGUCAGACUGCUGCUGGAGGCUGGCUGCAAUGUCAAUGAACUCACUCAUAGUAACAGGUCUGCUCUUCAUCUGGUGGUCCAGCAUGGCUCAGGAAGAGAGGUGCGACUGCUGGUACAGGCUGGGAUCCACCUGGAUUCAGUAGACACACAACAUACUUCAGCUCUACACCUGGCAGUGCUCAACAACUCCACAGGAAUAGUGAAGGAUCUGAUCGAUGCGGGAUGCGACCUGGACAUCGUUGAUGAUCGGCUUCAAACUGCUUUGCACAUAGCAGCAGAACACGGCUGGCUGAACAUCGCUGAAAUGAUCCUGAUAUCUGGAGUCAAUCUCAAUCUGCUCGACAAGCAGGGAAAGUCGUCACUGGAUGUAGCAGCUCGAGGCAAUCAUGUGAAUGUCGUUGACAUGAUUAUCAAAGCUGACAGAUUUUACAAAUGGGAGAAGGAAAAUGUGACGAGUGACUCUGACUCUCUGGUAGGAACGAGCCUUACCUUUAAACAAGAUCAUCGACAGGAGACACAACAUAUCCGAUCUGUCCUAUGGACACUUGCCUCCAAAUAUCUUAAACCAGGCGAGUGGAAAACACUGGCUCGACACUGGAAGUUCUCAGAAGCACAUAUUCGAGCCAUAGAGCACCAAUGGACAGGUACAAAGAGCUACAAGGAGCAUGGGCACAGGAUGCUGCUCAUCUGGCUGCACGGAGUGAUCACCGCUGGAGAAAACCCUAUCAAGGGUUUGUACGAAGGUCUGGUAGGAAUCUCAAGGAUCGAUCUGGCAGAAAGCAUGCGACAGCUGGCAAAUACUGAUCCAUCUUCUGCUAAAAAAUGCUCUACAAUGUAAUCUGAGAUUUAUUAAGAAAGGCCUAGACUGAGCACGUACCAACCAGGAGAUCAGAUGCUCUUCAAAUACACAGCACUGAUGAAACACAAAUACUCCCUAAAAUACAACCUCAGUGAAGAAAACUUAGCCGUUCACACCAAGAGCAAAUAUUUACAGCACACAUGACUUUGGACUGAAACAUUGUGUUUCUGUUGAAGAAAAUAUCACAGCAUUUUUUUUAGGAGAUCAUGUAGAUUCUUUUUUUUUUUCUCUGUCAGAAAAACUCAUCAAGCAAUGACAUUUUUGGUUAUGCUGAAUUUCAGGUUCUUUUUUACUGUUAUGCAUGUCUUUCAGUCCUAAAUUUAUUUGUAGAUGCAACAUUUCUUCUGUAAUGGUUAUGUUUAACACUAGAAACAAAUAAAAUUCUAAAGAAG